AGAUCUGGAAAUUUAGUCUUAGAUCCUACAGGAUCGACACCUCAUUGCAGCAUGGAGUCCGAGGAUGACCAGGGUGAAAGCACUCUGACACCUGUAUCUGCACUAAGUCCAGACUUAAGCUCAACCAAGCCCUCAACAGCACCUUUGAAAGACGUCGUGACAACUGUCAUCCCCUCCACUCAAUCUUUGCUUGCAAAAACUGAGGUGACAACCAACUGGCAGUCAACCGUCCCGAUAAUUAGAAGUCUAAGCACUAGCUCAACCGAUCCAUCAUCAGCACCUUGGAGUACACCUCGUGGGAAGGCGAUGGUGCCUACUGCGGGACCCACGAAGGAAAGUGAUUACGCUAUCAUGGAUAAACGAGCCCGUGAGUUAAUCAGGCACUGUAGAAAGAAUGGCUCCAGGGAGAAUAUAACCUUGACCAAGUCUGAGUCACUGAGUUGUAACGUUUGCUCACUGGCUUCGAUAUCCGCCCCUCACAGGACCAAAGUGGGCCCAGGAGGGUUUGAGCUGUUGCUACCGUGCAAAGCGCUGAAGGGCAGAAUCGGUGCUCUAGCAGUGGUGCGGUCAUCAGACCUUGCCAACACAACGUCAUUACCGUUGUCAGUGUCAGAGUUCUCAAGCGACACAGGCCUGGACGCGAGUAGGGCCAAUGAUCUUCAUGUCAUCCUAGUCACAGACGUCGUGUCUAUCGUCCUGGCUCUACAGGACACUGGAGCUGAACUGUUCUCCUUUCAGGACAAUCCUAUCGAGUUGCAACUACAACACAAUCAGGUGAUCACUGGGAAAAGGGCGUGUACAUUUUGGAAGAUUACCAAUAAUGAGACCAAUGAAGGGGUGUGGUCUAGUGAGGGGUGCACAGUUGCCAAGGAGAGCGCUAAUUCAACCACAUGCUCGUGUAAUCACCUGACCAGCUUCGCUGUGCUAAUGCAGCUCAAUCCGAAUGAGGAAUCCCUCUCCCCGGGAGACGAAAAAGCCUUGAAUAUCUUAUCCAUUCUUGGAGGCUCACUUUCCAUCGCCUGCCUGACAUUGACGCUGGUCAUCUACGCAGUCUUGAAGAUGUACAAGACUGAACGUGGGAUGGUCCAUGCCAACUUGUCUGUUGCGUUGCUGGUGUCACAGCUCAUUUUCCUGACGGGAAUCGACGCCCGUGUGUCAAACAAGACCACCUGCAAGGCUGUCGCAGUGUUGCUACACUACUUUCUGCUGGCUUCGUUCAGCUGGAUGUUGAUAGAGGGCGCCUUGCUCCUCGUCAGUGCCAGGUUUGCGUUUCACCGAGAAGUUCGCCGUUGGAAGCCCUUGUUGGCAGGUUGGGGUACACCAGCCCCUCUGCUUGUAAUAACCCUCGUCUCAGCUGAGGAUAGUUAUGGCACGGAAAACAAAUGCUGGCUCAGUGGCGAAAGUACAUGGGCAUUUAUUGCUCCCGUCAUCUUCGUUAUGGUGGUAAAUGUGGUCUUUCUGAUCGGCAUAUUAGAGGCAUUACUGAAACUGCAAGCCGUGAAAAGGAAGUCCGAAGUUGCCAAAAUAAGAAUUUUCACGAGGGCACUGUUGAUUGUUCAACCGGUCAUGGGCUUUACCUGGCUCUUUGGGUUAGGCAUCAAUGCAUCUGGUGACUUCAAAUUGGUCUUCUAUUAUCUCUUCGUCAUUCUGAACUCAUCACAGGGCGUGUUCGUCUUUGUCUUACACUGCUUGAAUACUGAAGAGGUUCAGCAAGCAUUUGGCCGCAUCCGUCGCCGGUUUGCGAGCCCUGUCAAGCCGCACGCCUCGACUGAUGUCAAGAUGAUCAGCACUCGUGGGGGAAACACAGAGAUAAAACACCUGGAAGUCACUGAAAAUAUUCCUGAGGAUGACAUGAAGUUAGCAUGGAUGUAAAUCACAUGCAACAAGAGGAAUACCGAACGUUUCUGCCAAAUUACGCCUAGUGUGAUAAGAGCAUCAUAAAAUGUGAUAUAAAAGGAGAUUGUUCUUUAGAAAAUAUAUAAUACUCAGAUACCGUACAUUAGGAGAGGUAUUUACUGCAUUCUUGUCAAUGUAAUAAUGAAGAGCGUGUAAAUAAAUGGAAUAUUCUCAGUGAUAGAAUGUCAGUAUGCAUAGAAAAGCAGACUGCUUUACAUGGUAAAAAAUUACUUUUUAUGCUUUUAAGGAAACCUUCUACUUACCUCUGCAAAUGGAAUGACUCAGAAUAGGAAGGUGAUUUACAAAUUCAUUUACAAUGCGACAGUUUGAAGCAGUCUGUGUAUGGCAUCAUGUCCUCUUAUACACGUGUAUGACAUUCUUCAUGACGAGAUACCAUAAGCAUAAUUUGGAGUCAUUGGAGUAUAAGUGCAUUUUGUCCAUUUAUAUGCAAGCAGACCAGUACAGUGCAUCGUGAAUAGAAUUACUUUUCCAUUUGUAAAGGUAUUUGCAUGCAUAUCACAUUCAUUCGUUUUUUAGUGCUUAGAGGGCUGCCGCAAAUAAUGCACACGCACUGUUUUGAAUGUUUUAUCAUUUUGUAGAAUGUAUGGGUGAUUCGAAUAAUGCCUUGAGACGUGCUUGGAAUUUCUGUUUAGUUUUUUUUUUUCAUUAUUAUUAUUAUUUUGUAAAUUCUUACCGUCUGUGACGUAACAUGAAAAGUUACAGUAGGCGCAGGGUUUUCAAAAUAUUGACGGAGCAGACAAAUAAAAAACCACCUUGCAGUAGCUUUAGGCAAUUUGGGCUUAUCUUCUGAAGUUUGAUUAAUAAAACAAUGUAAAAUAACAUACAUGUAUUUUUACAGCUGACCGCAAAUACAGAAGGCGGUGACCCGCUCUCGGAAUCAUAGGAACGGUCGCAACUUUCUUGCCAAAACCGCAUACCAUUUAACUACACCAUCUGUUAAGUAACUUCAUUGUAAUUUUUUUGCCAACAUGAUAAACAGUUUGAACUUAAUGUGUUGGAAGAAAUAUGGGUGGCUCGCAAGACAUUCCUGAUUAGUUAUGAUCAUGCAUUUAUGACCAAUGAGGAUAUCUGUUUAAAGCUUGUCCUAGGGUCAGCAGGGCGAAUUAGGUUAGGAAGUCUUAGCAUCCCAGAAUAAUCCCUACCGGAAAUCUGAAUUUAGCAUCAGUACAGAAAGGGGUACGGUAAAGGGUCUGGCCAUAUACAGACAGCUUUGUUAGCGCAGAUCCGGCACGCGGCGGUGUGGAUUGCAAGCGUGUACCGUCUCCUUGGUGAUUAGGCCCAGAGCUUUUCUCCAUGGGUACAAACACAACACAUAGGACAUGACAUGAGUAAUUAAUUGUCUUAAUUGAAUAUGCAUGAUCCUGCAAGACUUUGCAGGGUAUUGCGCCACAAUAAUAUUUCCACAUGCAUCUGAGAGAGAAUGUGCUAUGCCUGACCUAUUUAUCACUUCGGUCAUUGGGAUACAUUUUUGGAGAUAAUGCCUUUAAAUGCCAAUUAGUUUAUCAGCGCUAAAUUUCUGAUAGACAUAGGUAAAGGCUGGUUCAUACUUCUGGCAAAUGCGAAAAUAAAGCGAAUUUGACAUCACGAAAAAUUUGCGGCAAAAUUUUUCUUGAGUUGAAAUGUGUUCAGUUUUUACGAGUUAGCAUAUUUGAUUUGACGUCACAAAUUCGCAUUCUUGUUCGCUUUCGUAGUAUGAAGUAUGAACCGACCUUUAAUUUCUUACUAGUUACAAUAUCAAUCCCACCCACAAAAAUCAACGUGUACUUUAUGAAGGUCGAUAAAUGUAAGCAUUGGGGAAUCUCUAGCAGCUUUGAGGAAGUAAUACCAACUUGGCUAUAUUGCCGAUACCUAGAUUUGUAUCUAGCAUGAAAUUCGGAUUAUGGUUUUCCAUGUUUGUGAAAGAUUUUAAGUGCGUUCAAAUCCUAAUAUAGAUGGUAAAAGUACAGAUUUGUGCACCCAUUCUAACAAGUAUUAUUGAUCCACCCUGUAAGAUUGUCAUGCAUGAUUUUAGUCUGCUGUUAGCCAUCUGCAUGGAGAAUAUACUCCAAAUAGUUUUUACCUUGUGAGUCUUUGUACCGGUAAAGAUUCUGUGGUUGAAAGGAAAAGACGCGUUACGUGUGUGACUAAGUGUGUGACUGAAAUGGGAAUUUCAUGGUGAACUUGCCUUUAAACUAAAAGCAAAGACAAAGUCACAUUGUUUAUAUGGAAAAUCGAAGCAUUGUCUUUGGAAGUAAAGAUUGAUACUUUCAGGCAGAAUCUGAUGUAGAAGAUAUCUUUUCAAGCAUGCUUGUAAUACAUAGCUUGCAUUAAACAUUACUAGCAUUAACAUUUUAACUUUGCUCUUUGGAAAUCUUGAAUGAUCAUCAAAACACAAAUUGGCCUUUUCAGCACCUUUCAUGACAGGCAGAGGUGAAAAAAAAAGAAACUCCAGCAAAGUCUUGCUUUAUACUCCGAACCUAUCAGUUUCUGAGUUGAAAAUGUGCAUUUCGAGAUGAGUGGUUAAAUAGCAUCAAGGAUAGAGGGGAAGGCUGUUAUCGUUGGUUGAUGUUUAGUGUGUAAAUUGCAGAAAAUGAAAGGAGAGUCUGUCAAGUUCGCACAGAAAUAUCCCAGUAAAGAUCUAAAGUUUUUGCUAAAUCCUUGCAUGCAAAACCUCCCACAUGAAGAGUUCGUCCAACAGAUGUUUUAAAAUACAAUCAGCAGUUUAUUUGCGUUUCAAAAUAAUAUGUAGAACAUAAGCAGUAACGAAUGUAUAAUGACAGAUUUCAUUAAAUUUCAAGUCCAUGACUUCUACCGUAGAGAAAGUACGAAAGCUGGGUGCAAUGCAAAUGGAAGGACAGUAAAAUGGUUGAAAUAUUGCAGUUUACUUAUUGUUAAAACAACUUUCGUAAUUAUUCAGAACAUUUCUGUAGUAAACAAAAAAUGGUAGAAUGUAGUGCUUAUAUUUACGAAGAGUAUUCUAAUCAAGAGUAGGCUAAUUUGUAUGCGGGGUGAAUUUCGUAAUACGUUUCAAGUUAAAAUUAACGCUUGUACACACAUUUGAUUUAAUCGAACUUCACAUGGUUACAACCAAUUCUAAACAUUCAUAAAUUUGAAAAUAACUAAACCUGGGAUACAGUGUUUAUGUAGUGACAUUCUAACCCAUAUUACAUUUUACAUUUCAAGGUGAAGUGUAAUGCAAGAGAUCUGUACGUUUUACAGUCAAAUCUAAAGCAUUACCCGAUAUGCCGUAUUAUCAUGCAACUGUUCUAAUAAUCAUAGGCCACGAAAAUGAUGUAGAUAAUUGCACGAAAGUAUUGGCGAACCCUUCAUUCAUAUGAGAGAAAAAUUUGAUAACAAAAAGGUCAUAAAGCAUUCACGGGAGUGAUGUGUAAAAACAGAAACAACGGAAACGCGAGCUGUCAACUCCCAAGAUCCGCCCUGUGUAGUGCACCUACGCCCACCUCAAAAGAGGACGUCCAAGUGACGUCACUGGUACACUAAAAGAUAUCGUGAUGCUCGGAACGCACAUGCUUGCAUGUUAAAACUUAUAGUGACGUACUUCACGUCCUCUGUGUAUCAAACAUAUAUUACACAGUUAGCAUGAAAUGAUACAAGAUCCUUACCAUCGCCAAAUAUAUUGCAGAAGUGUAACAUUUUAUAAUGGUACCCAGCCAUUUUCAUUAAAAAGGAGACAUGCAUGGCUUGUUGACCAGAUAGACAGGCACCCGCCUUUAACCUGGUAGAAAUAUUUUUAACAAUCUUUACAUGGAUAUGGGCUACAUUUUGUACACUUUCAACAAUACAUGUACACUCCCAACCUUGGUUAACUUUAAAAAAAAAACUUUCAGGCAAUACUAAAGCCAAAAUAGACUAAGACCAAAAGCAAAACAUUAAAAUGAUUCAGUAUUACCGUGAUGAAGUUUAUGUUAGCGGAAGGAUAUGAUCUUAAGAUCAUCACUGCCAUCAGAAUUAUAUGCAUUGCAUCUCCUGAUACAACGUGUACGUGUACAUGAACUUCUUUACACUCAGUUAUGUUUCCACUAAACCGGGUAAAGUUUUCAUUAAUGUAUAAAGUUACAGAAAUAAAGCUGAUGCCAAGCGUUAAGCCAGUUUUGACUUUUUGCUCAAAUUUUAUCAUUUAUACAUUGUACACAGAGCAAUAAAACAGUGGCGCUUGUAAAUUAA